AUGACUUCGGAGCAGAGGCCGCCGACAAGGAUCGUGAAGUCUUUUCGGGACGCGCGGCUGUUUCUUGAACGAAAUGUGGAUUUGACAUUAGAGUCUCUAGCCUUGUCUUGUUGUGGUUAUUCGCUUUCGGCUAAGUAGGAGGUACUGCUAGAGGUUCACACCCGAGUGCCUGGCCCACCUCGCGGUCGGCUGCCCAUUUGCCCGGCGUCUCUGGUCUGCUCUGUCCCCGAACCCCCACCCAGUCUUUGUGGACUUUGUAUGUCCGGCCGUGUCUCGCUCGGAACGUCGCCUUGUCGAACUACGAAUCCUCUUCUUUCACUCGAUCUGGAAGCUCUGUCGCCGUCGCCGAUUCUCGUCGGAUCUUUUGGAACCGAUCACCGAAACGGACUUCGAGGGGCUUCGAGCCUCUAUUCAGGAGUCCAAGGGUCGCCUAGUGUCUCUGUAAGCCACCAAAGGGGGUUUUAGUGGGUAUGGUUGAUCCUGGUUCAGGGUCAAUGAGUCCUACACUACUGGCUUCUGCCAGUGUGCGUAACAGCAUUCCCUCCGACUUUUCCGAAGAUUUCUAGGUAUUAUUAUAAUUAUUAUGCUGUUAAUGAAGUCUAUCAAAUAAAAAAGGGACUGGUCACCGCCCCGCGGUGCGUUAAUUAUAACGUGCUUAUUAUAACACGCGCGAGAGCCCCCGGCCCCGGUCACCUUCACGCCCACUGCUACACUCGGACCGCCAAGAACCACUCUUCUCACUCCAGUCACCGUGGCUUCGACCGAGCAGUCCAGCUGCCAGAAGUGGCUGGCAGACCUUUCGAAACUGCGCCAUGAAGCUCGACGGUUUUUCGGGGACGUGUGUUGGGCCGCGCACGGUCCAACCCGGCCGGGCCGCUCCCGUCCCGAUGAAGUACUCGUCUACGCUCACAAGGCGAUCGUCUACAGUCGCUCAUCAGGUCAGUUUCUCGAAUGUGUAUGGUCACCGGGCCUCCCUUUCCCCCCCUGCGAACCUGCCGUGUCUCCGGCAGCUUGCAGUCGACGCUGGAGGACCAGGAGGUCACGUGGGGCCGGAGUGAUCAGCGCGCACGCACAGCUGAAGGUUCGAAUCGUAGGUCUGAUCGAAGAAGAGGUACUCCACUAUUCCUUAGGGUCGUUCCAAGAACGCUUUAUCCAGUGCUCGCCUGCACUACAUCGCUCCGACUCGGUCGCUUCGUCCUUCAACACUGGUACCAGCGCCCGCGACGAUGCACGGGACGCCCAUUUCCUGCGAUCCACGUCGUCCGCUAGUCUUGAAUCGAUGGUAACGGCCACAACAUCUUCGGCGACGUUGAUAGCCGAAUCGAGUGGCCAUGUUGUGCGCCUGAUGCUUGCCGACACCGAUCCAGCUCUCUUUGAAGCGUGGCUCGACGUGUUGUACCUCGGCACGCAGGGCACCGAAGGCGUGCAUGUUUUGUUCGAGGGCUUUCACGAAUCGAUUCGAGAGGACUCCGUCCCGGGCCUGACCGGCAUCGCGAAGCUUCGUGAGGAUCUCCUGUAUUGUUGGCGGAGCAAGCUUUACGCGGAUGUAACAAUCGUCCUCGAUGACGGCGGAGACGCGGCAUCGUCUUUCGCUUCCCAUCGUGCUAUCUUGGCGGCUCGCGUGCCCUAUUUCGCGUGCAUCCUCCUCGGCGAAUUCAGAGAUGCUCGGACCUGUAUCCUCACCCUCCCUUCGCCUCUCUUCUCGUCUGCUUCCUUUACGUUCAUCCUUGGCUACGUCUAUAGCGGCACACUCCACUUCUCCUCACGCAAAUUUGAUCUCGCAACGGCUCUCGAAAUCUGGCGCGGCGCCGCCUUCCUUGGGCUGGACAAUCUGCAAGAGCAAGUCGAGGUUUCUAUCGAGUCUAUGAUCACACCGAAUCGUGCUGCAAGAAUCUAUCGAUUUGCAUUGGCGCCUGACGUGCAAUCUGCACGGCUGGCACGUGGCGCUCUCAUGGUCAUCACAGGUCACUUUGGACAAGUCUGGGACAGCGCCUACAUCGGUACGCUUGACCACUCUUCCCAAAAAGCCCUCUUCGAUCAAGUGUGUUCUGGAGUAAGCGCAGAAACGUCGACAUCUGUUGUCAAGCAAGCGCUGCAACUUCGGAAACGCAUCGAGACCAAUCGCCAUGCCUGGGUCCAUCACAUUCGCGCAAUGUUGGAUGCCGUCGAAGAACACCUUGCCGAGGUCCUCAGUCGAGACCUGGCCGCUGUAGUUACUUCGGAGUCGUUUGUGGAUCUGAUCGACGGCGUGGGUUUCAGUGCCGAUGCUCUGGAACAUUUGCUAGAACUCGUCGUUCGAGGCCUUGCGGAAUCCAGGGCUUGUGCCACAUAUCAAGCACUGGUCGGCUCGGUUCUACUCAGAGAGGAGGGGAUCUUGAUCGAUGCCAAGGUAUUGGUGGAGGACGCCCGGAACGGGAUCGCAAAAUACAUCAAGACCCGCUGGAUGUCGAUUCGGGAUACCGGCGAAUUCACCAGGCUGCAAGCAUGGUGCCUUAAAGAACUUGCUGAUCGUGAGUGUGAAUUCAGCGCUUGACAUCCUCACAGUGUAGCCAGCCUGGCGCUCAUCUUCCGCUUCUCUUUAUUCCCCCAACAGAUAUCUCCGUAGCUGAGGCUGAGCUGCUAUAUCAACCCACGGCUUCGAAGCGGCCACCGAUCCGCACUUCCGUCAUAACGCCCACAAUAGCAAGACCUCCAUCGAAACUAGUACUCAACAAAAAUGCGCAGUGGCAGCUGGCAAGUGGCGAAAAUCAGCUUAGAGCAUUGGACUCAGGAAGCGUACGGUCUCCCGACUUGGCUGCACACAUCGGACCCCCGAUCGUAGACGUACCCGGCCGCACCACCCACAUUGACCCACCUGGGAGUGCCGCUAGAGGCGAUGAACGUCCCUCUGAUCGCACGUCCGCUGCGCGCCACGCCAGGUCUCUAGGGUCGGCGUCCUCAUCUUCUCGCAUCGUAAGGUCGGCUUCUGCAUCCAAUACAGCCCAUCAUCGAGUACCUGCUGGACGACGAGGACCAACGGGCAGCACCUCCACUGAAAUCGCGCCAGGAACAGCAGGAACUUGUGUCUCAACGAGUUUCGAUGGUGCGACUACAGUGCGUGCCGGACGCCGCGAGGCAGGCGUCUCACCCACGCUUGCCUCUGAAGUGUCGACCGCUUCAAAAACUCGUUCGAGGACUGGCUCUGUGGACUCUAGGGCCAGCCCAACCUCUUCAGGCCGCAUCCAUCGUCCAUCGAAGAACCCUCCCGCGAUUCAGGGGUUGAGUGCACCCUCGACAAAUAUUCCGCUUCGAUGUGAACCGGUCGGAGGCCCGGCAACCUCACGUGAAACUUCCGACUCAACGUCAACUUCAAAGCCGCCGACCGGGAUCUCGCCACUAUAUCCACCGAAACUGGCGAGGCGUACAACUUCCGCCGUCUCGUUGACGGCCGUGCGGGCACCGUCGAGCCGGCCCAACGUACUGAACUCGAAGAAGAGCUCACCAGACAGCGAGGCUCGCCUACAUUUGUCAAAAUCAACGCCCCAGCCUAGUGCCAACUUAAAUGUUCAGGAUCGGAUCACCAAUGAAGACAGUCUCGCUAUUUGUGCGAGCAGGGAUGCUAGGACGAAGCUGCCCUUUCAGCGCCAUCAAAAUCCUCGGGGCACAACCCUGCUGGCUGGCAUCCCGUGCAUCGCAACGAUUAACAAAAGUGACGUGCGGCGGAUACAGAUUAAGGCUGUCGUUCGAUAUAUAGGCCCGGUAGAAUGGGCUACCCCCGACACUCAUUGGGUCGGUGUCGAGGUUGCCGAGGGAGACAUACCAGCGGAGGUGGAGGCGAAUGAUGAGUGGAACGAUGGCUCUCGUGACGGUUUUCGUUAUUUCGAUCUGCGUCGAUACGCUGAGCCCACGGCUCGACGCGACGCCGAGAUAGGCGAGCAAGCGGAAUAUCAACUUGCAUCUGCCACGCGCGAGGCCCCAACUCGAAGCAGGCCGCGUAGCAGUCUGGGUGUCAACGCUCGGGGCGAGAGUAUGGAGGUGAGCCGGGGGUUGUUUGUUCGGCCUUCCUCAAUUGUAUAUGUGCUGUGA